UUUUUUCUUUUCAAAUAAUUCUGUGUAUAUAUUACCCAACUGACUCAAAUCAGAACGGGUGAAAACAAGUCAGAUUCCCAACUAAACAUGACCAAUUCUCCAGGGUAAAGACUUGCAGCUUCAUCUGGUAAGACUGAAGGGUGACCACGACUCAGCAUACCCAGUCAGUUGUGCCGUUGUGCCAUUGAUGUGUGACACUCUUCAGACCGAGCAGGAUUCUCCUUCAGUGCCUUGGAGUUGUAUCUGCUUUGGUUAAGAUGUCAGUCUGUCGGGGGAAAUGGGUUGAUUUCGAUUUUAUUUCUUGACUGGGAAUCAUUUGAUUUUGAAAGUCUUUUGUGAGAUGACAUGGUGAAAGACUGAGUCAGGAGUAAGAGGCACAGUGGCGGAGGAAAGGAGAGGAAGCCUCUUUGGUGUAGCUUUAAAACUAUUAUUUGUGUGUGUGUGUGUGUGUGUGUAGGAGCACACACUACCACAUGGAUGGUGUUAUAACAUGGAUGCAGAGGUCAGAGGACAGCUUUGUGGGAGUUGAUUCUCUCUUUCCAUCAUGUGGGUUCUGGGGAUCAAACUUAAGUUGUCAGUUUUGGUGGCAAAUGCUUUUUCUGAAUAAGUCCUCUCACUCCUCAACAGCCCAGUGAAGAGUCUUUUUAAAUCAAGAAACAAAAACAAAACAACAGCAUCUGUAUUUAUCCUGGAAGGCAAACCUGAAGGCUGUGUAGAGAACUGGUGCCAUUUUGGCCUCUCCAGGAAACAGGACACCGGAGCCUUGGGUCGGCAAACAAUGCGGUCCUUAGGAUGCUCUAUAGCUCUAGGCUAUGACCUGCUUUCUGGUGUCUUGUCUUUGCUAGGCUGUGACUGGUGUCAGGCCUUGAGAUAAUGGUGAUGAUGCUGACUAGAAAGUCCUUAGUGACAGGCAGUAGGACCGUGAAUGGGUAGAACGCCGGAAGGGUUAGCAGGUUAGCGCCACCAGCUCAGCUCUGUUGUUGCCAGACCAGAAGGGCCUGCCCCUUCUCAUCUCCAUCUGGGUUAAUUGCAUCUCAAUUUUACCUGUCUCCCAACUUAGAAAUCUUAGUGUUUUUCUCACCUCCUUUCUCUCACCCCCCCCCACAUACAGUCAGCUGCCAAAUCUUGCUGCUUCUAAUUUUAAAAUGUCACUUGAUUCUGUCUCUCUCUCUCUCUCAAAUCCUAUGCUAUUUCCUUAAAAUAGGCCUCAUCAGAUCUUCUUUGGACUGGUACUGUACCAGCCCUAUCAUCUGUUCCUCUGAUAACAGAUUCUGCGAUCCAGAUUCUCCACAUCGUUCUCUGCUUCACUGAGAACAAAGCCUUUGAAGUCAUUUUUCCCGGUAAAAGAGCCUGUUGUCUCUCGUGCCCCUUGCAUUCAAACCCUAUAGCUAGUCUCCCUCCCGAUGUUGAAAUUAUUGAUCCCCAGUUAGUGACACUGUUUGUGUAAAUUUAGGAGCUGUGGCCUUGCUCAAGGAAGUAUGCCCCUUGGGCUAGGUUUUGAUUUUGAAAAGCAUCUAUAAGUUCUCAGCAUGCUCUUCUGCUUCCCCGUUGUUGUCCUAAGAAGUGAGUCUUUAGCUUCUUUUCAACAUGCCAUGCCUGCUGCUUGCUGCCACAACUGACUCCUAUCCCUCUGGAAUCUUAAGCCCAAGAGAGUUAGGUAGCAUGUAACACAGAGUAUCUUGCUUAUUGCCAGUUUUAGCAUCUUUCCUACCACAGGCCAAGGCUAUGUUUAUUCUGUUUACAUAAUCCCCAUAUAGUAUUGCUAAUAUUAGUCCACAGCGAGCCAAAUCAUUCCAACUAUUUCACUGAGUUCAAACCCAAUGACCCUGAUGGGCAGUAAUCAGAAUUUCUUCUCUUUCACGUGUCUCUUCUUGCACUGAAGAAUGUUGUUCACAUUGUGCUGUGUAGGAAGAGCCCCUGAAGUAAACUGCCUUAGUCUUCAGGAAUUCUGCUUGGCCUGCUUGCAAAAGAUCAUCACAGCUGGGCCUGUUGAUUCUUGAUCAUUGUAGGAGGGUCGGACAGGGAGGCGCUAUGGGACCCUUACAGGAAUAUCCAAUUACCCCUCAAUCAUUUGUACGUGAUUCUGCUCUGCUUGAAGCUGGUCUGGUGGAGGGGCUAGAGGAAGUAUGUGGGGGGAAAUCAAGGAGGGAGUUCCAUCCUAGGCAGCCGUGGAGAAUCCAUCGUCUCUGCAGGAUGAACUUCCGGUGUGGCUACUUUAAGGCCACUUGUGUUCCUGCUCAUACCUUUUACCCAUUUCUCUGUUUCAGCCUAACAAGCUCAUUGAAUUCCCUGGGUGAGUUUUGGUGGAAUUGUACCGAAGUUUGUCUUUGGGGCCUUAAGGGGAAGAAAUAGACUUUACUGAAAUUUCUCCCAGGGAAGAAACCCUAGCAGCGCAUGGUUUCUUGCUGAAGUGACGCCCCUUUAAACAUUUCGCUCCUUGAUCGCUUUUCUUCUUCCUGGGUGGGACUGACUGCCUGGUUUAACUCUUCAACUUGUAGCAUGGCCAAGUGACUAGACUUUUGGUCUCAUUUAUUUGUAUAUGAAGCUAUCAAUACCACUGAACGUGUUCGGGUUAAAUGAGCGAACAGCUAAUGCCAGAGUAACCACCCAACCCCCAACGCAUGUCACUACGAGAUUACCACCUUUCCCUAAAAUGUAAGACAUUUUAAGUCCCAUUUCAUUCCAUGCGUAUCUCUAGAUUCUAGAAUAUUGCUUCCAAAUUGCCGAUGCCCAACCAUGGGGUCCAUCUAUGCAUAUACUCGAUAUUACUAUAAUUUGAGCAUUUCCCGUGUUGUGUACGCAAAAGCAAUGGCCGGGGAACAACUGAAAGUCGCCUCCUGGCAAAAACGCUUCCAUUUCCAGGUCCCCAGAGACCUCAAGCGACAAUCACGCCUCCAAGAGUGGGAAACUCGCCCUGGAAUCACCUUGGGACACUCCCGGCGAACGGGCAGCUCGGCGCACGCGCAGCGUCCACCGCUCCGCCCUCCCGGAAGUCGCAGCUCUUUCCGCCCCGCCCCUUGCCGGCUGGGGCGGAGCGUGCGGCGGACCGGGCGAGGAGGCGGGACACGUCGGCGCUGCCUCGGCCGCUGCCGCCCCUCCUCAGGUUCCAGUCGCUGCCGCCGCCGCCGCCGCUUCCUGGGCCGAGUCCGCCCGCGGCCCCAGCGGCGCCAGGUGCCCUCGCUUGCCCGGCUCCGCCAGCGCCGUCCGCCCGCCUGCCCGCCCGCCCGCGUCCCGGCCCCCCGCCCCGCCGCCGACAUGGCGACACGCUCCUGUCGGGAGAAGGCUCAGAAGCUGAACGAGCAGCACCAGCUCAUCCUCUCCAAACUGCUGAGGGAGGAGGACAACAAGUACUGCGCCGACUGCGAGGCCAAAGGUCCCCGAUGGGCUUCCUGGAAUAUUGGUGUGUUUAUUUGCAUCAGAUGUGCUGGAAUUCAUAGAAAUCUUGGGGUUCAUAUAUCCAGGGUCAAGUCAGUCAAUUUAGACCAAUGGACGCCAGAACAGAUACAGUGCAUGCAAGAUAUGGGAAAUACUAAAGCAAGACUACUUUAUGAAGCCAAUCUUCCAGAGAAUUUUCGAAGACCACAGACAGAUCAAGCAGUAGAAUUUUUCAUCAGAGAUAAAUAUGAAAAGAAGAAAUACUAUGAUAAAAAUGCUAUAGCUAUUACAAAUAUUUCCUCCUCUGAUGCCCCUCUUCAGCCUUUGGUAUCCUCUCCUUCUCUGCAAGCUGCUGUUGAUAAAAACAAACUAGAGAAAGAAAAGGAAAAAAAAAAGGAAGAGAAAAAGAGAGAAAAGGAGCCAGAAAAGCCUGCCAAACCACUAACAAAUGAAAAGGUACAGAAGAAAGAAGAUCAACAACUUGAGCCUAAGAAAAGCACCAGCCCAAAAAAUGCUGCAGAGCCCACUGUUGAUCUUCUAGGACUUGAUGGUCCUGCUGAUGCACCAGUGACCAAUGGGAACACAACCACAGUGCCACCCCUGAAUGAUGAUCUGGACAUUUUUGGACCAAUGAUCUCUAAUCCUUUACCUGCCACUGUCAUGCCCCCAGCUCAGGGGACAGCCUCUGUACCAGCAGCUGCUACCCUGUCUACUGUAACAUCUGGGGAUCUGGAUCUGUUCACUGAGCAGACUACAAAGUCAGAAGAAGUAGCAAAGAAACAACUCUCCAAAGACUCCAUCUUAUCUCUCUAUGGAACAGGAACACAGCAAAGCACUCCUGGUGUGUUUAUGGGACCCACAAAUAUGCCAUUUACCUCACAAGCAGCAACUGCAUUUCAAGGUUUUCCUUCCAUGGGCGUGCCAGUGCCUGCAGCUCCCGGUCUUAUAGGAAAUAUGAUGGGACAGAAUACAAGCAUGAUGGUGGGCAUGCCCAUGCCCAAUGGGUUUAUGGGAAACACACAGACUGGAGUGAUGCCACUUCCUCAGAAUGUUGUUGGCCCUCAAGGAGGAAUGGUGGGACAGAUGGGUGCACCACAGAGUAAGUUUGGCCUGCCACAAGCUCAGCAGCCUCAGUGGAACCUUUCACAGAUGAAUCAGCAAAUGGCUGGCAUGAGUCUCAGUAGCGCAAACCCUACCGCAGGUUUUGGCCAGCCCCCCAGCACCACAGCAGGGUGGUCGGGCAGCUCAUCGGGGCAGACUCUGAGCACACAACUGUGGAAGUGAAAAGCUGCAACAGAGUUUCAUCCAAAUCCAACACCCGACAUUCCUCGCUACAAAGGCAUCUAGUUCCCGUUUAUUCAUGUACAUAUGUAUUUUCCUUUCCCCCAUUUGUUCACAUUAAGAAUUACCUGAUUGACCGUGUUGGUCUGUGCUGAUUAAAUCUGAUGUGAAAGCAGGUUGAGAAACCAUCUUCUGUGGAGGGCAGCUUUGCUCAUAUUUCCCAUGAUGUCAUAGCCACAUUGAGAAGCUGCUCAGUUAACUUGCAUAAUCGGUUUUAUUCUCAAAAUUAUAGCUCUAAUGUUUGCAUAUAAGGGAAGUAGUUAUCAUGUUAGUAAACAGUAUAAACCCCACCCCCAAAUUAGCCAGUAAUCCUGUAGGAAGGUACUGUAUGAUCAAAUGUUUAAUCAUAUAAAUAGAAUGUAAAUGUAUCACUGAGCACUGUUUUCUAGUGUAUCAAAUUCUUUUACUCAUCACUCACUUCACUGUGCUGUUGUUUAGAUGUGCUUAACAGGGAACGUGAUUAGUGAAAGGAAGAUAAACCUGGAUGUUACUGUAAAACUUAGUGUUUCAACAAUUCAAAUUUUCGCUGCCUCUUGUAAUUUGGACCUCUUCUCAUGUACAUAGUGCUAAUAAGAAGACCCUUUUUCUGCACUAUAUGCACACAGGGUAACUAAAACAAAGCCACUUUUAAUCCUUAAAGGUAUAUCCAGGUUUAUGACAGUAAUUGUGUUUACAUUUUAUGGUGCCUAGUAUUGACAAAAUGUUAUUUCCCUAUAUUAAACAGAUGAAUCCACA